GGCGGGGCCGGGCCCGGUGAGCGGGGCCGGGGCCGGGGCUGGGCCCGGCUGAGCGGGGCCGGGCGGGGGUCCCUGCGGAGCCGGGCGGGGGUCCCUGCGCGGCCCACGCGGGUCCCCAUUCCCUGCGGCCAUCGCUGAGGCCCCGGCGCGAGCGGGCCCGGCCGGUAACCGCCGCGUCCCGCCCCCGGCAGGCAUGUGGUCCGUGCUGUGGGCGGCCGUGCGCUCCAAGGCCCCGUACGUCACCUUCCCGGUGGCCUUCGUGGUGGGGCUGGUGGGCUCCCAGCUGGAGUGGUUCCUGCGCGGAGACCCCCCGCCCACGGCCCAGGAGGAGAAGAGCAUCUCGGAGCAGCGGGAGGACCGCAAGCUGCAGGAGAUCGUGGGCGAGGACCUGACCAAGGUGGUGAGCCUGAAGGACAAGCUGGAGUUCGCCCCUCGGGCCGUGCUCAACAGGAACAGGCCCGAAAAGAGUUAAUAAAGGGUGAUUUGGGCAAAGACGGUGCCCUGGAGCCGUUGCUGGGGUCUCCCUGACACCUGCAGUGCUUCCACCUGCUGCACCUGCUGCUCCUCACCCUGCCGGAGCCUCCGGAGGGUCAGGUUUGCCACCCCAUGGAUUUGCUCAAGGUACCCGGAGCUCGGUGGCAGAGCGGGCAGGGAGCCGUGUGCGUGGAGGUGGAGAGAGUCUGAAACUGCUCAGCUCCCAAAACACUCUCGGCCUGG